CUUCAUUUGGUGUUUCCAAAGGGCACAAUAAAGGCUCUAACUCUCCAGUCUCGACUCAUCAACUUUGAAUCAGUAUCCCUUUUCCUCUUCAACCCGUCAAUUCUCUCUCCUCUGUACUUCCAUGGACGACAAUUAACUUCCAUGAAAAUCAUAAUUAGACCUUGUUGAAGCAUUAAUCUUAACGUUCUUUGACUGCUGCAUAUUCGUUUUUCUAUUGAUCAUCAAAUUAUUAGUCGUUGAACAAAAAUACUAUCAAAAAUUAAAACCCUAGAAUUUCUAAUGUGAUGAUCGCAACUAUUUUUAUCAAAGAUGAUGAACAACGCAAAUGGAAUGAUGAAUCCUUCUUCGUCAUCUAAUUCGGGAGCAGCUAAUACGCAAUCUUCUACUUCUUUGAAAACUUACUUUAAAACCCCUGAAGGUCGUUACAAGCUUCAGUAUGAGAAAACUCAUCCUUCUGGUCUUCUUCAUUACUCUCAUGGAAAAACUGUUUCUCAGGCAAGUCUUGCUCAUUUGAAAGACAAGCCUAAUCAAAGCACACAAGCAUCAACAUCAGGUGUUGGUGUUGCAAGUGGGGUAAGAUCAGCAGCUGCCAGAAUUUUAGGUGCUGGAAAUGGAAGGGCGCUUAGUUUUGUUGGAGGAAAUGGAGUGAGUAAAUAUGCUAGUAGCACUAGUCGAAAUGGCUCUGUUGGAGCUUCUAGCAUGAGUAAUGCAAACUUAAAUUUAAAUUUUGAUGGAAAGGGGACUUACUUGAUAUUCAAUGUUGGGGACACAAUUUUUAUCAGUGAUUUGAAUUCUCAAGAUAAGGAUCCAAUUAAAUCAAUACAUUUUAGUAACUCGAACCCUCUUUGCCAUGCAUUUGAUCCAGAUGCCAAGGAUGGCCAUGAUUUGAUUAUUGGGUUAAAUUCAGGGGAUGUUUAUUCAGUGUCCCUAAGACACCAAUUACAAGAUAUGGGGAAGAAGCUUGUUGGUGCACAUCAUUAUAAUAAAGAUGGCUCCGUGAACAACAGUCGUUGUACUAGUAUUGCAUGGGUUCCCAAGGGUGAUGGUGUCUUUGUCGUUGCUCAUGCUGAUGGAAAUAUGUAUGUGUAUGAGAAGAGCAAGGAUGGUGCAGGUGAUCCUUCCUUCUCUACUACUAAGGAUCAGACCCUGUUUUCCGUAGCCCAUGCACGGACGAGUAAGAGUAACCCAACUGCUAGAUGGCAUAUAUGUCUAGGUUCAAUAAACAGUAUUGCAUUCUCAAAUGAUGGUGUUUAUAUGGCUACCGUUGGAAGAGAUGGAUAUCUACGAGUAUUUGAUUACUUGAAAGAACAACUUAUAUGUGGCGGAAAAAGUUAUUAUGGGGCUCUUCUUUGUUGUGCCUGGAGUGGGGAUAGCAAGUAUAUUUUGACUGGUGGUGAAGAUGAUCUGGUUCAGGUGUGGAGUAUGGAGGACCGGAAAGUCGUAGCAUGGGGAGAGGGUCACAACUCUUGGGUUAGUGGAGUGGCAUUUGAUCCUUUUUGGACCCCACCAAAUUCUGAUGAGUCUGGAGAGAAUGUGGUGUAUCGUUUUGGCUCCGUUGGUCAGGAUACACAACUUCUACUUUGGGACUUGGAAAUGAAUGAGAUUGUAGUACCACUUCGUCGAGCUCCAGGCGGAUCACCUCGUAUUGGUUCACCGACUUAUAGCACUGCAAGCCAAUCUCCUCAUUGGGAUAGUGCCUGCUCCACGGGCACAUUACAGCCUUCUCCCAGCAUGCGGGAUGUACCCAAGCUUUCUCCUGUGGUUGCUCAUCGUGUUCACACAGAGCCUCUUUCAGGUGUGAUAUUUACCGAAGAAUCUGUGCUUACUGCUUGUCGAGAAGGUCACAUAAAAGUCUGGAUGAGGCCUGGAUGUGUCGAGAACCGUAUUAGCAAUUCAGAAUCAAUUUUGAAUGUUGAUUUUAAAGAAAAGAUAGCGAUGACUAAAAAUAGUGGAUCUGGCUAUAAACUAUAGCUUGCCAGUUUUUUUGAUUCAACUGAACUGUGCGCCUGUAAAAAAGCUGGAGGGACAGACCAUUGUUGUUCCCAGGGCUUGGUUAAACUCGAGAUCGAAAAGUUAGUUCUCCCUCACUACAUUCUUGGAAUGAAAAUGGGAUUGAUGAAGCUGAAACUACAGAAAUGUUAAGCUCGGUUUGUAACUAUCUUGCGUAUAUGCCAUUCAGUAAUAAGCUGGUCGGGUUUUUAUGACAGGAAAAUGAUUCACAUUUUGUGAUUUCAAUUGUCAUAAUAUCCAACCACAACUAGGCUCCGACACUGAAACAAUCAAAUUAGUCGGUUCUUGGGUUGGGUAUGUAUGGUUUUUGUUUGAUAAUUGAGCUUCGUUUCCAUGUUCGAUCUUGAA